CUGCUUCACAUGGGCUCUCUUUGUUUUUCAGUGUGUGUGUGUGAAAAUGUGUGUGUGAGGAUGUGUUUUUAGUGUCAGACCGACGUGCGAUGCCUUUCCUCCCUCAGGAUGCUCAACGCCUCGAUGGGCUGUCUCUCCUCUACUGGACCAUCAUGGGCCCGCACGGCAUCAGCCGAGCCGUCCACCGGCUGGAGUUCAGCGACUGCAGGAAAGGACUGGGUGUGAAAAUAAUCGGCGGCUACAGAGAGCUGACAGGAGAAGAGUUCGGUAUCUACAUAAAGCGGGUGAUCGUCGGCGGGUUGGCGGCGCUGGACGGUCGGCUUAAGUCAGGUGACCUGAUUUUAGAUGUCAAUAACAUCAGUCUGAUCGGGGUGACGAAUGAGAGGGCCGUGGAGAUCCUGAGGACGGCUUCGCUCUCUAAUCACAUGUCGCUGCUGAUUGCCAGGGAUGAUGAAUCCAGGAGGGAGUUCAUCUGGCUGAUGGAGAAAUAUGGCUCCAACAACGUGGCGGUAUCAGAACGGAUCUCCCCACCGCAGACCUCCACGGGGAAGCUGACGGACACCGCCUCCUCCUCCUCCUCCUCCCGCUCAGAAAGCCCUCAGCUCCUCAGCCCUAAAGAGGGGGUCACCACCCUCCCCCACGGCCCGCCGUGCACCCCCAACCCCGCGCACGCCGCACACACUAACACACACACCCACGCCUUCAGUGACAGUGUCAUUCAAUUGAUCUGCGUUGCCAAGGGAACGGGCCUGGGCCUCGUCAUCAAGGGCGGAGCCAACCGGGCCGAAGGACCAAUGGUGUUCAUUCAGGAAGUAGUGCCUGGAGGAGACUGUCAGAAGGACGGCCGGCUGCAGGUUGGGGAUCAGCUGGUCUCCAUCAACAAAGAGUCUCUGAUUGGAGUGACGUACGAGGAGGCACGAAGCAUUCUGACCCGCACCAGACUCAGACCGGACCCCACUGUGGAGAUCGCCUUCAUCAGGCGGAGGUCAUCAUCCAGCUCCAGCAGCGGCCCCCACAGUCCCAUCGUCCCACAGACUAGAGCCCCGGGUCCCGGGGUCGCCCCCCCACAGCCCGCCGUGGUCACCAAGAUCACAUCCACCAGGAACCCGAUCAGCGAGACGCUGCCGGCGGUCAGUGUGACGCAGGUUCGGGUGAAUGCUGCCAGAACAGAACUGACAGGUGUGUCCUCACCUGCGGAGGGCGGUGGCCUCGACACACACACCGGUUUUCAGGCGAAACGCUCCCUCAGCAGCAGCUGUCGUCUCAGACUGGAGAAGCUGGAGCAGGCUCUGGCUGUGAUCGGGCUGCAGCUCUCAGACUCUCAGAUUCAGACUCUCAGGUCCAAACUUCGAGCCGACGCUUCGGGGACGGUUCCACUCGCAGACUUUGAGAGUGUGAUCCGGGAGCUGUUCAAGCUUCAGACGACCUCAACCCACCUGUCCGACCUUCUGUCCGGUCUGUUGGAGUCGCCCACCAACCCCAAGCCGUCGCUGUCUGACUCGGAGGAUCUGGAGGAGAUGGAGCGCCUGAGGAAAGAGCACAUCGAGGCCCUGAGGGAGAUCAAGAGGCUGCAGGAGCAGCUGGUGGAGUCUCAGAGGGUUCACCAUCAGAUGGAGGAGCAGCUCAGCAAAGUCACUCAGGAGGUGAAACUGGGCGCGGAGGAGAGCCGGGCCCUGAGGAGCCGGGUCCAGGAGGCGGAGGAGGCGCAGAAGCAGGCGCGAGGGAUGGAGAUGGACUACGAGGAGGUGAUCCACCUGCUGGAGGCCGAGAUCGCGGAGCUGAAGACCCAACGGGUGGAGCAGCCCAAGCCGCAGGAGGAGCUGGAGGAGGUGAAGAAGAAGGUGGCCGUCCUGGAGUGUCAGCUGAGGAAGAGUGACACAGCCAGGAAGAGUCUGGAGAUGUCAACGGCGAAGCUGCUGAGCUUCGUGGAGAAUGUUCAAGAGUUUCUGCUUGAGAUCCACGGACCCACAAAGAGCUACAGCUCGGGGGACGUUAAAGUUGGGACGUCCCCUCAGGGACUUCCUCCUCGCUACAAGAAGAGCCCGUGGACGGCGGCCACGCUGGCUCAGGAGGCCAAGGACCUGUCCCGGACUGUCAGGGCCAUCCUGGAGGUGGACUUGCUCACCUUCUAGACGACCCCGAGACCCGAGUGGGCGAGAAAUGAGCCGGACGACACCCGCCCGCCCGCCCGCCCGCCCGCCGUGACCCCGAAAGCCCUCCUCCCCGACAGCUCCUCGCCUCCUCAGAACCCACCCACGGACUCCUGUCUUUACUCUGCAUGACUCUGUGUUCCCGUGAAGCGUCACCGAUCCUUCUUCUCAUCAGCCCACCGAACUGUAGCAGCUCCCCUCGAAAACAAGCGCUCCCCAGACUGACGGGCAGACCCGUGGUGCGUUCGGGUUCACACACCGGAGCAAUGCCAGCUCAAUGGACUACAUGAAGGUUUUCAGGUUUGGUCCACUGGUCUUGGAUUUGGCACCAAAAACAGCAGCA